AUGGCCAUUGGUGCCUACUACCUCGUUCUCCUCUCGCGCAGCUUUGCCAACGACCUCUGGUGGCCGAGCUUCAACACGACAGGGUACCAGCUCUUUCUCGUCGAUGCCAUCAACCAUGCCUUGGAGCAGCGUCUCUCGGGUGUCGUGGACCUCACGCAGCUGGUCAUGCCCAAGUCCUAUAGCGCAACGCAGCUGCCAGUGCCCCACCCGACGCGCGCGCGGGCUCUCUUACUCACUGAGCUCACGUCCAUCGAGUAUGCGAUCCUGAACAUUCGCAACAUGAGCGCUGAUCAAUCCAUGACGCUACCCACGCUCUUCUGCUAUGUGGACUUUGGCCAGCGCUGGGAGCUCGCCCACACAGUCGCUCGCCAGGCGCGGUGCAAGGAGCGAUACCGCUUCAACGGCGCCAUCUAUCUGGACGCAAUCGUUCGUAAUGUACAGUGGGGUAGGCUCAUGGACGCCUACAGCGAUGACUUGAACGAAGCUGUCUUUGCUGCCGUGAACGCAUCAGGCACCGACGGCCACGAAUGGUUUACCGCGACAGCAGCUGCCAGCCUCUCUCUUGUCGACGAAGCUACGCAUUGGCGGUCGUUUGGCGUGACGCGCUUUGAGUUGCAGUGGCAAAACAUCGCGUUCACGGGCCUCCAGUCGACCAUGACAGUCGUCAACGCACUUGGGAUAGCGACAACCAUCGAACUACAACGACCCACCUACGCACAGGGAUCUUGGACUUCCAACAUUUUCAACGUUUUCUUCAUGAACGAGAUCUUCUUCGCAGCCACCUGCGACCAGAGCCUCGUGCGUCAUUCAACCAACUACAUUAUGGAGACACAGUGUAUCUACUCUGCGACACCUGGCUUUGAAGGCUUCCUCGGCCUCAGUGACAGUCGCGGCCGCUUUGUCAAACAAACGGGACUUGUGCGCGACGCCAUCGGACCGUUCUUGUCCGUGGACCUCUUCGUCCUCCCUCCGCCUACUGCUUUGCUGGAUGCGAUCGCAAGCUUUCAGCGCGUGCUUUACCAAGCAGUACAAGCCAACGCCACAGCCGCUCGCGACUAUGAACAGCUCCCAGCACUCUCGGCGCAGCCACUACCAGCGGCGUGGGACGUGGACGAGUAUCUCUAUUACGGCGGCAACCCCAUGUGCUUGAACGGAAUCGGGCGCAGCUACGUGCAGUCUGCCUUUACGUUUGGCGAUGCAUGCAGUCAGCCAUCCUCAGCAACCAUGGUAGCCCAGCCAUCCGCCAUUCUCUUUGCUCUGAGCUUGAGCGGACCCAGCGUAUCACCGAUGGCUAUCUGCAUCUCCGUGGUCUCUGCGAGCAUUGAUUGCAUUCGUCACGUGACCAGGGCCAUCGACCUCACAACAUCUCAGAACUUGAUCAACGAGACGCUCUCAUCCGCACUGACCGCUGUGAUCAGCGACAUGCAAGUGAGUCUCAUGCAGUUUGCCUCCGAUCGGAACGGCUCCGAGUGGACACUGCUCACGGCACCCAUCUUGCACGACACCAAUCCGCUUGGCUGGGUCUACGCCUACGAGUGGGCCACCGGUAUCCGCGAAGUCGUCUCGUUUGAAGGCGACAACGGCACGCUCGUGCUGAUCUCCGACGCCUAUCAGAGCACUGGGACCCAAGAUCCCAACACGGCGCCGCUGAGCCAAGCGUCCACAAUCGUCUUCUACAUGCUGCUCUAUUCGUCCGUGGUCUUGGUCGCGAUUGCUGUAGCAUGCACAGUGCUGGCUGUACGCACCCGCUUGGCGUUUGCGGGUCAGAACUUGUUUGUGUUUCACCGCGUGGCUGCGUCGACGUGGCUUGGGCGGCCGCUCAUGUUUCUUCGUGGCGCCUGCGCGCUGUUGCUUCUUAGCACUGCCCCCGUGACACUGACGCAAACCAAUGGGGUCUCGGCGCUCGUAAGCUCAGGCCGUCCGUUCUACGAAGCGAUCGUGCUGGCAGGCGAAGCCAACUGGAUCACGUACGUCGUGUACGAGUGCCAGCUCGUGCUCCAUCCCGAUGGCUCGAUGGGUGCGGCGGCCGUCGUCUGGUGCAUCUACAGCCUUCUUGAUGUGCUUGCACCGGUCACCGUAGCCACCACGCUAGAGCGCAACUGCUCUAGCACCGACUACUUCUACUCGCUGAGAUGCACCAAUGGCUCCAUCUCAAUUGGCAGCUUGCAGCGUCUCUACGUGUUGCUCGGCAUCCAAGUCGCUUGCCUUCUUAUUGCGAUCUGCUGGCGACACCACCGCACGCGAGUCGACAGUCGGCGCCCGAUCACCGUUCUUUUCUCAGGUGUCGCGAACGCACUGCUUCAUCACGAGCUCGAUGACAUCGGCUACGUCCUCACGGGGCUGAUGCCGCUGCAGCACGGUCGCGUCUUCUUUGACGUCAAGCUUUGGGUCGCCGUACAUGUGGCUCAAGCGCCUGUAGCAUCGACCACCGUUGCGGCUGAGCCAGUGCGCUUGCCAUCGUUGCCGUGGCAUGGCCGUCUUGUUGCUGUCGCUGGCUUUGUCUACGUUCUGGCUGCUGUCAGUAGCAGCUACUCGUACUUGCAGAUCGCCAAGAGCACCCUCGUCAACGACCUCAUCUGGCCCGGCUUCAACCUCUCGAGCACCCACGUCUUCUUGACGACCUGCUUUUGGGGUCGCAUCGCCAUGAACCAAACGAACGGAGACUUCAAGCUCACCGACCCCGCGAACAAUAGGAUCGGUUCAACAGACGCAUCGAUCACGAGCUCACCAACCCACUUUGGUGCUCGCAUGCAUACUCAACUCUGA